CAGCCUGAGGAGUCUCACGCCUAGGUGUGAGGAGAUUAUUCAAAUGGGGCCCAAGGCUGUAGAACUCUGGAUUGGAGGUUUGCUUGGCGCUCACAGCUAUAUGACAGCGCUAAGAGGCAGCGCGGAGCGUCAUUUCCACUCCGCUCACUGACGGACGCGUUUCACGGCCACUCACGCGCCAGCUAGUCCUCCACGAAGGGACCCGGCGACGACCUGAAAGCACACCCUACGGCCCCCCAGUCACCUGCUAUUAUCACAGAGACUUUUCCUCUGCUGGGAGACGAUUUGUGGAAGUCCUCCAUGAUGCUCGGAGCAGUUAAAAUGGAAGGACACGAACACACCGACUGGAGCACCUACUACGCAGAGCCCGAGUGUUACACUUCGGUUGGCAACAUGAACGCGGGCCUGGGAAUGAACUCUAUGAACUACAUGAGCAUGUCCGGCAUGAGCACCAGCGCCAACAUGACGGCCAACUCCAUGAACAUGUCAUACGUCAACACGGGCAUGAGCCCCUCAAUGACCGGCAUGUCUCCCGCGGGCACCGGAGCCAUGAACGGCAUGGGCGCAGCGGGCAUGACGGCCAUGAGCGCCGCCCUCAGCCCCAGUAUGAGCCCCAUGACGGCGCAGCCCGCGUCCAUGAACGCGCUGACAUCGUACACCAACAUGAACGCCAUGAGCCCCAUUUACGGACAGUCGAACAUCAACAGGUCCAGAGACCCAAAAACCUACCGGAGGAGCUACACGCACGCCAAGCCGCCGUACUCCUACAUCUCCCUCAUCACCAUGGCGAUCCAGCAGUCCCCCAGUAAGAUGCUGACACUGGCUGAGAUCUACCAGUGGAUCAUGGACCUGUUCCCUUUUUACCGGCAGAACCAGCAGCGCUGGCAGAACUCCAUCCGCCACUCGCUCUCCUUCAACGACUGUUUCCUCAAAGUGCCGCGGUCACCGGAUAAACCCGGCAAAGGCUCCUUUUGGACGCUCCAUCCGGAUUCGGGGAACAUGUUCGAGAACGGCUGCUACCUGAGGAGGCAGAAGCGCUUCAAGUGCGAGAAGAAAAUGGCCAUGAAGGAUUCGUCGCGCAAACCGGGCGACGGCGGAUCGUCCGGCAGCAGCUCGGAGAGCUGCAACGGCAACGAGUCUCCGCAAUCCAAUUCCUCCGGGGAGCACAAACGCUCCCUGUCGGACAUGAAGGCGAGCCAGGCGGCCCUGAGCCCGGAGCACGCCGCCGCCUCGCCGGUGCCGCCGGUGCCGCACCUCAUGGCGCAGCAUCACUCGGUGCUGGCGCACGAAGCGCACAUGAAGCCGGAGCACCACUACUCCUUCAACCACCCGUUCUCCAUCAACAACCUCAUGUCGUCCGAGCAGCAGCACCACAAAAUGGACCUAAAGACUUACGAGCAGGUGAUGCAUUACUCCGGUUACGGCUCCCCGAUGGCCGGCGCGCUCUCCAUGGGCUCCAUGGCGGGGAAAGCCGGUCUGGAUUCGUCAUCACUACCCGACACGACUUACUACCAGGGCGUGUACUCCCGGCCCAUUAUGAACUCCUCAUAAUCCCCCCGACAUGGACGUUCAAUUUGUACAUUUGUAAAGAAAAAAAAAUUAUAGAAUUUGUGUACAAUAUGUAUGAGAUAUUUUUGACGUUUCCACCGUUUUUUCGCUGUCCAGUUUGUUA